GCUGUGGAUCUGUGCAGCAAACCCCGAGGACAGCGGACAACCUGCCAAAAACAACACAACAGCCACCGCUGACCGUCUCCUAGCUGCUUUACUUUUUUCAGCUGGUUGUUUCUCCCCCGUCCCGACUAUCAGAGGAUGGAGGGAUGAUCAGGACUGACUCCCCCCCGCCGCCGCCUCCUCCUGCUCUUCUUUUACCUCCUCCUGCUGCUCCUCCGCUCAGUCUUCGUGUCUCCUGUCAGCCGUCGCAGCUCUGCCCAGGAUGCGGGCUUCGCUGCGGGACCAGGUUGUGGUGUUUGCGGCCCUGUUGGCGCUGACCACCUGCCUGACAGGCUCUCAUCUGUGCCCAAGAAGUUUAGAUUGUGCCCAGGCAGGACGACACUUCUGUCAGCCAGGCAGCUCUUCCUGCGGCCCCUGCCUACGCCCUCUGGUGGAGAAUUCCUAUGGUCUCUGUGUGGUCAAGCGGAGACAUGGUCCUAAAACUGCUCAGUCUAUUAAAGGUAAGGUGGGCACUUAUCCUCAGCUGGAUGAAGAGAUUGACUUUCUCUCUGCCAUCAUCAAAGAGCAGAGAACCUUGUCAAGGCUGCCAGCUCCACCUUCCCAGGACAUCAUAUCCAAGCAGCUCAGUGAGCCCAGCUCUGCCCCUAGAGCAUUUCUCACAGAGCAGCCCACCAGCCAUAGCUCUACCAGCACGGCUCUACCCACCACAACCACAAACCACACCCCUGCUCUGCUGAGUGAUCCCAUCAUACUCCCCUACCCUUCGAAUGACCGUGUCUUUAUCGUCAUGAGUAGCGUCUUCAUCGUGGCUGGAUCGUUGGCACUGAUCAUAGCAGUAGCUUGUUGGGUCAGAUUGCAGAAUGGUGUGCGUAUAACUCAGAAGUUGGACUGCCCUGCAUAUGGACUGAUGACAGCCCAUACCUUUGACAAUUUGCCUGGAGACAAGAAGCUGGCACACAGUGCUCAGAUGUACCACUACCAGCACCAGAAGCAGCAGAUGCUCUCCUUUGAUAAACACAGGGAUGAGCCAAAAGUUCCUGACUCAGGAGCAUCGACAGAUGAGGAGAACGAGGAUGGAGACUUCACAGUGUAUGAGUGUCCUGGGUUGGCACCAACGGGGGAAAUGGAGGUGAAGAAUCCACUGUUUGAUGACUCCACCCUUUACCUGCAGAGAUUCCACAAGUAAACCUGGACCUAAAGAUAUUUUCAUACUCUGCUGUGCUCUCUCGACCGUUUAACUCGACAAGAUGGAGUAACUAAAGUACAUGGAGGAGAGAGAGGUUUAGGAGUGUCGCGCACUCUGACAUUCAAAGAACGUGCCUGUGCUGGUUUCUCGUUUGAAGCAGGACUGCUCUGGGACCAAUGUGACCCAUUCUACAGCCAUGUUAUUUCUUGUUUUAUGUCACCACUCUUUUUUCCAAACAAACUCUUCUGGUCAGGUAGCAGACACAUAUUAAAACUAAUAUUCUGUGUAGAGCCCAGUACACAGACCAUUUUCUGAUACCACCAAACUACAUUUAAGUAUUUCUAUCUGUUCAUUCACAGCUUUCAUGGAUCUCCGUGUUUGUUUAUCAGCAAGUGCUCCUUUAUUUGUUGAUUUCUCACUGCAGGCUUUGUUUUUAUUUCCUUCUAUGUAUGUAAACUCUUGUUUAUGACUGUGUAUACAUUUAUAUAUAAAAAGGAUCCUUUAGGUCCUGUAAUUUGCAGGUUGGGGGCCUCUGUGGAUCAGGUUUAAGCUGGGUCAACGAA